CUAGUAUAUAAGAUGCGCAGGCGGCCGUCCUCAAUCGUCAGUUCCAUCAGCUUGGCUUAGGCUUCUCUUCUUCUUCUUCCUCCAACACCCAACAUACAAGAGAGAUGGCACCCAAGAAGGCUAAGAGGAGGCAGCAGCAGGGCGAGGGCGGCGGUUCCUCCAAUGUGUUCUCCAUGUUUGAGCAGAGCCAGAUCCAGGAGUACAAGGAGGCAUUCACAAUCAUCGACCAGAACAGAGAUGGCAUCAUCUCCAAGGAUGAUCUGCGCGACGUCUUGGCCACCAUGGGCCAGCUGAACGUGAAGAAUGAGGAGCUUGAGGCCAUGGUGAAGGAGGCCAGCGGCCCCAUCAACUUCACCGUCUUCCUCACCAUGUUCGGAGAGAAGCUGAAGGGUGCGGAUCCCGAGGACGUCAUCGUGAGCGCCUUCAAGGUCCUCGACCCAGAGGCCACCGGAAGCAUCAAGAAGGAGAUGAUCGAGGAGCUGCUGACCACCCAGUGUGACAGGUUUACCGCUGAGGAGAUGACCAACCUUUGGGCCGCCUUCCCCCCAGAUGUGGCCGGCAACGUCGACUACAAGAACAUCUGCUACGUCAUCACCCACGGAGAGGACAAGGAAGAGGAGGAAUAGAGACCCUAUCUUCUCUCUCUGACGUCCCCCCACCUUCUCCCCAUGCUCCCUCAACAUCCUUUCUCUCUCUCUCGCUCUCUCUCUCUGCGGACCCUCGCUUGCCCAAGACCAUCCACGAACCGCUCUCAACCCCCCCCUCCCCCGGCACACUCUCCUCUCGCCCGCUCGCUUUUAAAGACUUGUCUCGUGCGGAGAGCUGCUGCCAGGGGGUGUGGGCUGGAGUGGUGGUGGGCGGGCUCCACAGGGAAACAGGGGAUUAUUUUCAAUUAAAUAAUCUUGUGAUAAAGAAACAAACUCCUCUCUCUCGCUCUCUAUCUCCCAUCUACCGCCGGGGGGAAAGUCAGCGGCUAGCGCACGCUUCCUACCCUAUCUCACACGCCCCCCAGUGAGCGCACGUGAGCGGUCUUUUGGGUGCCCUGGUGCAGACACACGCCCUCUUGAAACAAGUCGGUGACAUGAGCACCUAGCUCGCCCAAGCGACGCGCGGCGGUUCCUCCCUGUGUCCGACCGGAGAACGGGUUGGCAGAAAGGAGUACCAUACUAAAAUAGAUGGCUCGCUCCUCUCUCCCAGACUCCACUCUCUUCCACGCCUGGAUAAGAAGCAGGGGGGAUGAAGGACAACACAUGAUCGUUAUUGUUAUGACCAUUGUUGGAGUGAAGAGGAAGAGAUGGAGAGUGACAGAGAAGAAGAGACAGAAGAACACCGCACCCCUCCUCCCUCCUCCCUCCUGUCGUACUGUGUCUGUUUCUUAAUGUAACCAAGAAGGAACUAAUAAAAAUCACUAUCUUUCCUAAUCCGCUUUGUCUGCCAGUC